AUGCUGCGCAACGCUGUCGCACCUAUCGCAAGGCAAGCCGUCGCCUCGACUUCGCGAGCCGCUGCCUUCUCUACUGUCGCACGACCUUCUGUCGUGGCAACCGCCCGCGCCACCUCGUCGACCGUCUUUGGCGCUCCCGUUCAGCGACGAGGCUACCACGAAAAGGUCAUUGACCACUAUGAGAACCCGCGCAAUGUCGGUUCCUUCCUCAAAACCGAGAAGAACGUCGGCAUCGGUCUUGUUGGCGCCCCCGCCUGUGGAGAUGUGAUGAAGCUCUCCAUCAAGGUCAACGAAGAUGGCAUCAUCGAGGAUGUCCGCUUCAAGACCUUUGGCUGCGGUUCCGCCAUUGCUUCUUCCUCCUACAUGACCGAGCGUGUCAAGGGCCUGUCGCUCGAUGAGGCUUCCAAGAUCAAGAACACCGAGAUCGCACAGGAGCUCUGCUUGCCACCCGUCAAGCUCCACUGCUCCAUGCUGGCUGAGGACGCCAUCAAGUCGGCCAUCAAGAACUACAGGUCCAAGCGAGAGGCAACCGGCAACAAGAAGCAGGGCCACAUCGAGGUCGUUCAGGAUGUCGCCACUGGCAACACUUCGGCUACUGCUCACGUUGGUUCGCAGACCGUGUAA